AUGCCAUCGGACUUGGCAUCGUACCUUGCCGACCACUAUCUCACAGCUGAUCCCAAACCGUCAAAGAAGCGCAAGAGGAAGCAUGGCGACAGCAAGAAGAAUAAUGAAGGCGCCGGGCUCUUGAUCCAGGACGACGACGACGAUGGAGCCUGGACCAAACCAUCUAGCCGCGAGGCCGACGCCGACGAGCUGGGCGCCGCAGCGAUGGUAGCGGGCACGUCGGCCGAGUUCAAAAAGGCCACCAAGUCGAGCUGGAAGACGCUCGGCGGUGGCGGUGGCGGCAGCGGCAAUAAGGCCAAUGCAGACCAGGAGGCCGCCGCAGCAGAUGCCAUCUUAGCGUCGGCGGCCGCAGAGAAUGCGGCCGCCCGCGCCGCUGAAGAAGAUGCGCCGGUCGUGGACGGCGCCGCAGCGGCAGCCGUCAAGAUGAGCGACGGCACCCACGCAGGCCUCCAGACCGCCGCGACAGUGGCGGCGCAGCUGCGGAGGAGACGUGCCGAGGAAAAGGCACAAUACGAGCGGGAGCGUGCGGAGCGGCGGGCUGCGCGCGGCGGCGGCGGUGACAGCAGCGGGGAGGAGGAGACAGUUUUCCGAGACGCCACCGGGCGUCGGAUAGACGUCUCGCUGCAGCGUGAGCAAAAGAGGAGAGCGGAGGCAGAGAAGGAGCGGGCCGCCAAGGAGGCGCUCAAGGGAGAGGUUCAGAUCGAAGAGGCGCGUAGGCGCCGCGAGAAGCUCGAGGACGCGGCGCUCAUACCUCUGGCCAGAAGCAAGGAUGACGAAGAGAUGAAUAACGCCUUGAAGUCCGAGCAGAGGUGGAACGAUCCCAUGAUGCAGUUCAUGAGUGAGAGCGACAGGAGGGACGCUGGAGGGACAGCCAAGACUGGGGGCAGGCGAGUCAAGGGCAGGCCGGUUUACAAAGGGCCUACGGCUCCCAACAGAUAUGGUAUACGGCCGGGCUACCGCUGGGACGGCGUCGACCGUGGAAUCGGUUUCGAGGCUGAACGAUUUAAAGCAUUAAACCGGCGCGAACGAGCCAAGGAUCUCGAAUACAAUUGGCAAAUGGAUGAAUGA